AUGGAUUGCUCAUUUCUUCUGCUUGUGACAUUUUGCAUAAUUAGCAAACUUGCAUAUGCAGAUAUAUGUGAACUCAGUGCUUUAUUUGCAAACUGCUCAAAACGUGGAUUGGCGAAAGUUCCUCAGAAUCUGCCGGAUUAUAUUACUAAUCUCGAAUUAUCAGAAAAUAACAUUACAAAGAUAGAACCAAAUGCAUUCAAACAAUAUGGUAAGCUAGUAGUUUUACACUUAGAACACAACAAAAUAAGUAUCUUAGACAGUGAUGCAUUUAUGGGCUUAUGCGAAUUGAAGGUGCUUUUUCUAACAGGAAAUCGAUUGGAUCAUACAAAAUAUCCGAACAAUGUUUUCCGUCCGCUAAAGAACAUACAAGAACUUUAUCUGAAUCGAAACAUGAGACGUGCACCUCCGUCUGAGCAAGAACAAACUUGUAAAUAUUCCGACACAGCCUUCAGCUGGAUGACUUAUCUAAAAAUUCUGUCAAUUGAUCUAUGUGGAAGCUCAGAUUUUGGCAUCGGAUUUCUCAAGUUGAUACAUUUGCAGAAUCUUACAUUUGAUUAUUGUCUAGCUUACAAUUUUACUCGACAAACCUUUAGUAAUUUUAGAAAUUCUAACGUCACUGUGCUGAACCUCAGUCGAUGUGAACUGUAUGAAAUGAGUGAAUCUAUUGACGCUGGAAUUUUAUAUCCUUUUUCAAAUGUGACAAGUCUGGAUUUAUCAAACUCAUAUUUUAGCCUAAAGCACGCCCUGAAGUUUUUGUUGCCAUUCCGUAAUAAGAAAAUGGAUAUGAUAAAUCUUCAUCGUGUAAGUCGGAAUGAUAGAAGCAGUCCAGAUAAUCCAUUCAAAAUUGUUAUAACAAGUGAAAUGAUGCAGUUUCUUAGAACCAUCUGUGUGAAAACUCUUAUUCUGUCAUACAAUGGAAUUGUAGAUGCAAAACCCAACUCAUUAUUUGUUUUUGAUCACCCGGAGUGCUUUGAAAAUAUUAUAGGAUCAGCAAAUAGUAUUUGGUUGGAAUACCCUCUCCAAUACAUCGAGGUUCAAAAAUUAUUAAGUACCAUGAUUAAUCUUCGACUAUUCGAUUAUUCAUACGUCCCGCAUAAGUUUGCAGAAAUGAACUUUAUACUCCCGUCAAAUUCAUUGAUCAUAAACAAUCACAUGUUAUAUACAGAUAGAACCCUAACCAAUAUAACGUUGUAUCUUCCACCUAAACUGGAACAUGUACGAUUUAGUCAUGUAAUGGCGGCGUCCAAACUGUUCAGCGUGAUAAUUAAGAAUACACUGGCACUGAAAAUUUUAGAUUUAUCGUAUGUUUCCUUCAAAGAAUUUCCUGAUAUUUUCAUGCCUGAAGGUAACUUUAUAGAACUCCUAGAUUUAUCAGGAAUAGAUUCAAGGUUAUAUGUUGAUAAAGGAGUUACUGAAUUAAUGGGAGAAGUAAAUACUCUCCUCAUACGUGAUGCCAAAUUAGAUCUAACAUUUAGAAAACGAAAAAAUGUCUUUAAAUAUUUAAGAAAUCGAACAAUUAGUAUUGAUAUUUCUCAUAAUCAUCUUUGGGCCCUUCCAAAAUCUGUUCGUGUCAUGACCAAUUUAGAACACAUUGAUUUGUCUUAUAACUCAUUCCGAAAAUUUCCGAAGAUAUUGACAUCGUUAUAUAAUCUCAAAAGAGUAGACCUAAGAUUUAACAAGUUACUAACCUUAGACAAAAAAGUUACACAAUGGGCUGACGAUGUUUGCAAAACACACAAUUUUACAUUACUUUUCGUCGGGAAUGAAUUUGCUUGUAGCUGUGAAAAUCGACACUUUUUGUGGUGGCUUACACAAACCAAGGUUUUAUUGGACAGAGACGGGCAUUAUCAUUGUCGAUUUCCUAAUGGAACAAGGACAAAUAUUACUGAUGUUAUGGAACAAUUCCAUGAUACAUUUUCAGAUUGCGAUGCUAUCGUUUGGUUACGUAUAGGUGUCAUUUGCAUCGUUUCGUCCUUUGUCGUCAUUUGUUUAUCAGCUAUACUUUAUCAGUUUAGAUGGAGAAUGGCAUAUUUUUUCUAUCGAAAACUGAAAAUGAACUAUGUAAUUGAAUCGGACGAUGUUGAAUUCAGGUAUGACAUCUUUGUUGCAUAUGCAUCUGAUAGUUGCGAAUGGCUUAAAGGUUCAUUAAUACCGAUACUUGAACGAGAAUGGAAAUUGAGUGUUUGUGUGAAAGAUCGUGAUUUUCCGGUAGGAGAAGACCGAGCAGAUACUGUCAUCAAUAGCAUGAGAAAUAGUAAAUUUAUAAUUUUUAUAAUUACACCAAAAUUUAUCAAAAGAAAAUGGGGAAAAUUCGAAAUCGAAAUAGCUAAAUAUGAAAUGUUUGAACAAAGAAAACAGAAACACAUUAUUGUCAUAAUGAAAGACGGCACAUCAAAGGAGGACGUUCCUAUUGAAUUUAGUCUUAUAUGGAAAGAUGUCAUAAUGAUCGAAUGGCCAAGCGAUGAUAUGAAUACCGAAAAUGUGUUGUAUGAUCUAAAGUUACAAUUGAACAUUAUUUGUAAUUCACAGGAAAACAAUAUGUUGACACAGAUUUAUACAGUAUGCACAUUUAUUGCCAUGGUCUUCGCGCACGGUAGACUUAUAUCUCCUCCUGGUAGAUCCACAAUGUGGCGCUAUGGGUACAACACACCUAAGAAUUACAACGAUAACCAGAUGUCUUGUGGAGGAUUUUAUAAACAAUGGACACUUAAUGGAGGAAAAUGUGGCGUAUGUGGUGACCCAUGGAACGAGGCUCAUGAUAACGAGGCUGGAGGAAAAUAUGCAACAGGAACCAUUGUUAGUCAAUACAAGACAGGACAAAACAUUCAGGUUAAAGUUCAGAUCACUGCUACUCAUCGUGGAUAUUUUGAGUUCCGUCUUUGUCCGGUUAACAAUCCCCGUCAGCCAGCCACUCAAGCUUGUCUAGAUAGGAACCUUCUUAAACAACAUAAUGGUCAGUCGAAGUUCUAUGAACCAGGGGCAAUCGGAACAUAUACAGUUGAUCUUGUUCUUCCUCAAGGUUUAACAUGUACACAGUGUGUAUUACAGUGGAAAUGGAAUACUGGGAACUCAUACAACUGUGAUAAUAACCAUAACUGCUGUAUUGGUUGUGGACCACAAGAACAGUUCUAUGGGUGUUCAGAUAUAGCUAUUUUGUCGUCUGGGACAAGUCAGUUUUCUCAUACUGGUGUUCAACAAGAACACCCAGUCGGAUUUUUACCCAUUUCAGGACAUAAUUUUCCUGCUGUUGUAGUAUCAAAUAACUCUAGGAGUAUGGAUGGGAGAUUGUAUCUAAUUGUGACAGUGACAUUUUAUAUGAAAGCAAAAUUGGCAUUUGCUCAAGAUUGUGAUAUACGUGAUUUGUUUGCCAAUUGCUCAAAGCGUGAUUUAUCAAACAUUCCUCAGAAUCUUCCUAAAAAUAUAACAGAACUGGACUUAUCGGAAAAUUUCAUAACCGAAAUAGGAGCCAAAACAUUCCACAGAUAUCGUAAGCUAAUUCAUUUAAACCUUGCAAACAACAAAAUAAACUCAUUGAACAGUGAUGCUUUUUCGGGCUUAAACGAAACAAAGGUGCUUAUUCUAACAGAAAAUCGAUUAAAUCAUACAAAAUAUCCAAACAAUGUUUUUCGUCCACUGAAGAACUUGCAAGAACUUUACCUAAAUCGCAACAUGAGGAAACCUUCCCCGUUCGAACCAUUUUGUCAUGGUAAACCUUGCAGAUAUUCCGAUAAAGCUUUUAGCUGGCUGGUCAAUCUGAAUGUUCUGUCAAUAGAUUUGUGUGAAAAUCCAGACUUCGGCGAUGGUUUUCUAAAUAUGAAAAAAUUGCAAAAGCUUACUUUUGAUUAUUGCUUAGUUUGUGAAUUAAGUAAUAUAACAUUUAGAAACUUUAAACAUUCAAACGUCACUGUAUUGAACCUUAGUAGAUGCGAACUAUAUAAAAUGAGUGCAACUAUUGAAGCUGGAAUAUUCAAUCCGUUUUCAAAUGUUACAAGUCUAGAUUUAUCAAACUCGUACUUCAGCUUGAAGCACGCCCUGAAGCUCUUGUUUCCAUUCCGCAAUAAAACAAUGGACAUGAUAAAUUUCCAUCGUGUAAGUCGAGGUUCUAGAACUAUUCCAGAAAAUCCAUUUAAAAUUGUUAUUACAAGUGAUAUGAUACAAUAUUUAAAAACUAUAUGUGUGAAAACUAUUAUCUUGUCAUACAAUGGAAUUGUUGAUGUUAAACCUAACUCACUAUUUGUUCAUGAUCACCCACAGUGCUUUGAAAAUAUCAUAAUGUCAGCGAAUAGUUUUUCAGUGGAAUAUAAUCAGCAAUAUAUGGAGGUUAUUAAAUUAUCAAACGCCGUCAUAAAUCUGCGUCUCUUCGAUUAUUCGUACGUCCCGCUUCAGUUUUCAGACAUGAAAUUUAUUCUCCCGCCAAAUUCAAUGAUCGUAAACAAUCAUUUUCCGUCACUGUAUUCAGAAACAAGACACCCAACUAAUAUGACGUUUAAACUGCCACCCAAACUGGAAAUUUUACGUUUCAGUUAUGUUAUGACAGGGUCCAGGCUGUUUAGUUUGAUAUUAAAAAAUACUAAAGCUCUGAAAUACUUAGAUUUAUCACACUUUGCCUUUCAAGAAUUUCCUGAUAUUUUUAUGUCCGAAGGUAACGUGUUAGAACACGUAGAUUUUUCAGGAAUAGAUUCAAGACUUUAUGUUGAUAAGGGAGUUAUUGAACUAAUGCGAGACGUAAAAACUAUCCUCUUACGUGACGCAAACUUAGAUCUCACAUUCAGAGAAAGGAAAAAUGUCUUCAAGUAUUUUGGAAACAGUACAACUAGUAUUGAUAUUUCUUAUAAUCAUCUAGUGACCCUUCCGAGGACAUUUGGUGUGAUAUCGAAUUUAGAACACCUUAAUUUAUCUUUCAACUCAUUUCGAAAUUUUCCGAAGUCUUUGACAUCACUAUCUAAUCUCAAAAUAGUAGACCUGAGAUUUAAUCAGUUGCUCACUCUCAACAAAAUGGUUACACAAUGGGCGGACAAGGUUUUCCAGAAAACAAAUUUAUCAGUACUGUUAAAAGGAAAUGAAUUUGCUUGCUCUUGUGAUAACCGGGACUUUUUGAAAUGGUUAACGCAAACAAAGGUUGUGUUGGAUACAAAUAGAACUUAUUAUUGCCAAUUUGCCAAUGGAACGAGAACCACCACUAGUUUCGUUGUAGAACGAUUCCAUGAUACGUUUUCAGAUUGCGAUGCAAUCGCUUGGUUACGUAUAGGUGUCAUUUGCAUCGUUUCGUCCUUUGUCAUCAUUUGUUUAUCGGCUGUAAUUUAUCAAUUUCGAUGGAGAAUGGCAUAUUUUUUCUAUAGAAAACUAAAAAUGAACUAUUCAGUCGAAUCGAACGACGUUGAAUUUCAAUAUGACAUCUUCGUUGCAUAUGCAUCCGAUUGCUGUGAAUGGCUCAUAGGUUCACUCCUACCAAUAAUAGAAGAGAAAUGGAAAUUGAGUGUUUGUGUUAAAGAUCGUGACUUCCCAGUUGGGGUAGACCGAGCAGAUACUGUCAUCAAUAGUAUGCGAAAUAGUAAAUUUAUCAUUUUUAUAAUUACACCAGGCUUCAUCAAAAGGAAAUGGGGAAAGUUCGAGAUUGAAAUGGCUAAAUAUGAAAUGUUCGAGCAAAGAAAACAAAAGCGUAUCAUUGUCCUAAUGAAAGAUGGCACGUCAAAAGAAGACGUUCCUAUUGAAUUUAGUAUUAUGUGGAAAGAUGUAAUUAUGAUCGAAUGGCCUGGUGAUGAUAUGAACACAGAGAAUGUGUGGUAUGAUUUAAAAUUGCAAUUAGGUUGAGUGUAGUACUAGAUUUUUAACACCUGUUGAAAAUGUAUCUGUACAUUUAACUGUUAGCAUGUAGAUACUCUAUCAGAAGUGUGGAUUUUGACGCUUAAACAGAAGGUUACAGACGAAUUAUUAUAUUUUCUAAUUUAAACUGGUUUAAAAA